AUGGCAAUAAGCAACGCUGAAGAAGAGUUUGGUAGGAUCAAUGUAAAAGAUGGAUGCAUGUCUGUGGAUGACCUGUUCUAUAUGCUGCAAGUCAGUGUUCAAAGCAUUGUUGAGCUCCUCGAGUGUGGGUACGAUGUCUUGGUGCUCAAGAAACAAUGCGCUACUAUACGCUCCAGAAUUGAUGGGUUUGUUGACAUUCUGAAUCACCAGACAUCAAAGAAAUACGUUUUGCCGAAAGACGAGUUGCUACAGAAGCUCAACAAGUUGAAUUGUAGUAUGAAAAUGAUCUCACCAAAAAGAAUAAAGGAAUCUCACAGUUGUGAGAGUAAAGAAGAGCGUCGUCAACGAGCAUGGAUCAAUUUAGAUGGACGCUACUUUCUAAGUGGAACAUCGUGUACGCUGGAUGAGCUGGUUCAAUGGAGCAAAUCAAAUGCCUUUCCAGCGUCUUACAAAUGCAUUCUGAUAUUGCGGACGUUUGAAGCUUAUAUGUUUGAGAAGGCGCUGCUGCUAAAUGGCGAUGGUCCCUGCGGUCAAGGAACUGGCGACAUUACUUUUAGUCUGGAGCAGAUGCAGGCAUUUGUUUCGCAGUACGAGGGAGUUAUAAAUUCGUGGUACCAACUUCCACGAAUGACGUCUGUUCUUGAUGUGGAACAGCGCAGUCGCAAAAUGUUGGUGAUGUGGAUUGCAUUUUGCUUCGUCCAUCAGAGAUGCGUGGGUGAAGUCCCUCUUUGCACCAACUAUAACAUCGCGCUAGAAUGGAGAGACCUUAAAGUAGCUGUUUUGAGUGAUGAAGCAGCCAUUUUGGCCCUUCAGCACGUCGCACGGUAUAUUCGCACGUGGAAUAACACUAACCAGAGGCCCCCACUAUUCCACUUGACCAACCAGGAACCAACAUUUGAUUUUGGACAAAGAUUCGGAUUGGGUAGCACCAGCAUGAUGGACGUCUAUAACCGUGAAAUCGAGAUUUGGGAAGCGCGCGUUAAAGAAAAGUGGAACGAAAUUGAAACGAAGAAGAGAAAGGUUGCUGAACUUCGAGCGGAGAUUUCACGUCUGAAUCAAAAUCUGGUGUCAAAAAAACUGUUGUUGACAAUUGAGGAGGAGCGUUUACGCCUAAACUACCGUUCCAAUUCUUAUGGCUACUAUCCAACGUCAAAGCCCUUUAAAAAGCGGAGUUGGAGACCGAUAUCAAUGCGAUUAACUUCCGCUAUCAGGACAAAUGAGGAAACGCUGGAGAGAACUCUUGUUGCUCCCCGAUACUUAGUACGGCCUCUUCCUCCAGCAAAGAGUGACGCAAUCACAGUGAUUUUCAUGAUGACCAUGCCGCGCAAUAUUGAAAUCUUGGGCAGCUUAUGCUUAACCGCACAACGAUCUCUUGCUGCCAAUGCAGGAGAGUGCUUUACCGAACUUGAGCACCACGACAUGGUGGCUAUUUUACAAUCAGAACGCACCAACUCAAGCGAUACAUGCUACCAGUAUAGUGUUUACAGCGAGCCCUGCUCCCUUCUCUCUUCCGAGAUCUUGCGGUCCCAAUAG